GUGAAACGGUCGAUUCUCGCAUCAUCGCCCAAUGCCGCGGUUCGCCGUCGUUUGUCUCGUCCGCGAGGGCUUGCUCGACUAUGUGAACAGCAAUGGCAAGCCUCGGUCUCGAUGGUUUGUGUUGGACGGAGCUCAGCACGCCAUGACCAAGUAUACGUCGCCCGACCGAUCCAAGCAAUUGGGGCCACCCAUUCAUAUCCUUGGCGCCCGCAUUGAACGCGGCGCCGACCUAUCGUUCACAGUGCACCUCCACCAGCGAUAUCGAUCCCUCAAGCGACUUACGUACACCGCCCACUCCCAUGACGAAAAAGAAGCAUGGAUGCAGAGUUUAAUCAAUUGCAUCAACGGGAUGGCGUCAGGUCUUGCAAAGCGCAUGUGUCAUCGCGGCGUCCUGAACGGGCAGUACAUCUUCGUGCGGGAACUCGGCCGCGGGGCGUCGGGGGUUGUCUACUUGUACACAUAUCACGGCAAGCCCUGCGCAGUCAAGAAGCUGCCGACGAAAGCAACCAAGUUCAAUCACCAUGGCCAACUCACGGACGCCGUCAAGCGCGAGAUCGCUCUGCUAAAGAAGGCGACCAAUUUACCCCACGUCGUAUCGUUGUACGACGUCAUUCAAGCGCGAAGUGGGACAUGUCGCUCUGACAGCGACGGCGAGGACGGAAAUGUUUACCUGGUCAUGGAAUUUCUUGGUGGCGGACCCAUUGCCGCCUACGACAAGGUCCAAAAGCGCUUUACCACCAAGCAGCACAUGGUCGACGCUGACUUCAAACGCCUCAUGCGGUGCGCCACGAUCGGCCUCAAGUACCUUCACUCGCACCAUCUCGUCCACCGCGACAUCAAGCCCGACAAUAUCCUCAUGACGGACGAUUUCUCCGAGUGCAAAUUGGCCGACUUGGGCGUCGCGCACUGGUUUGAACCUGCGCCGACGUCGGUGGGCAUCCAAAAACAGGACUGCUCGAUCGAUCCACGACUCGUCAACUUGAGUUCGAAGGUUUGCGAAAACGCCACCGCACUAACAUCCACCGACACCGUGCCACCCCCACCGACGCCGCACGCCAGCGACACUCUCGACGACACGAAAGGCACGUACGAGUUCUUGUCGCCUGAAGCCAUCUCGGGCGAUGCCUAUUCGGGGUUCGCCGCCGAUGUGUGGGCGCUCGGCGUGACGUUGUAUGCCGUUGUGGUCGGCAAGCUGCCUUUUCAAGCGGACAGUGUCUUGGCCUUGUUUGACCAGAUCGCAGAGAAGCCAGUCGAGUUUCCGCCCACGGUUGCGCUGUCUGUCGACGUGCGAGAUUUGAUCACGCGCAUGCUGGUGAAGGACCCUGCACGCCGCAUGACGGUCGAUGAAGUCCUUGCCCACCCGUGGCUUUGCACGAGCUCGACGAAAUCGAUGUUGAUGGCACCCGCCAAGCUUGUUGUCGACGACGACGACGUGCAUGCCGCCGUGUCUCCGUUGCAGGCGAAAUUUGACAUGAUGCGCCGGGCCAGCCCCGUGGACCAAAUGUCGAUGCUGACGACGGUCGAGUGUCCUGGGGGAUCCGCGCCAGUCAGCCCACCGGCGUUUACGACAGCGCGACAUCGCCCCCACCCCAUUGACAUUGCAUCGAUUGCACUGCCGCCUGUACUGGCAUCCGAGUUGCCGACCCUCGCUCAGCAACUUCACUUUCAAUGGUGCUUUGACAAGGUCCUAGCAGGGUGGUCCUACGGUCCCCAUCGAAACGACGACCUCAAGCUGCAUCCUCUCCUCAAGCCGUUCUGGGAACUCGACGACGGCGCCCAGACCCGGAAUCGCGUGUCCGUCGAGGCGUCGCUCAAAUGCAUUCUCGCACUGGGGUACGAAAGUCGCCAUCGUGUCCAUUGGACACUGGCACGAGUGUGAUACAGGAUGCGCGCGCAGGUACACAGUCACAAGAAAACCCAACGCGCACCAGUACGUGCCAGCGUCGUUGGCGCGCAUCGCAUUACCCGGCGAGCUCGUCGUGCUUGGAGACUUGCUCGCUGAAAACGACCACGAAGUGUGGGCGACGGAAUACGUUCGAAAUGGAUGGACCCAUGGUCCCAUGUACAAUCCCGACACCAAGCAACACCCUGCCCUCGUGGCGUACACCGACCUGCCAGAAACCACGCGAGACUCGACCCGCCUGGGGGCACUCAACAUCAUCAAGAGUCUGGUCAGCUUGCAUUAUAUUGUCCAACACCGUUUUGCCAAGUUCCAGCCGACGACGUUGGCCCCACCACGGCGUUUUAGCAUCAUGCGCCGAGCAUCCACGUAGCAUGACGAGCAAACCUGGCAUCGUUGCCCCACGACGGUGCCAACCCCUUCGUCGUACGCAAUGAGCUCGAUCGGGGAAUCCGCGUCAAGAGAUCUGCAAGGAGUGCGCACCUAUGAAUAGAACAAGUUUGUAGGCAAGACGUGGAUGGCGGCGCCGCAUGUAGCCACACGUUUCUGUCACCGGCACAUGGGUGUGGUAUCUAUAUAUAUAUAUUGUACCACGACCGCGGCGGCAUUUCUC